AUGGCUCGACCACUUCCUAACCAUGUUCUAACCGGUGCACCACAAGUGAGCCUAGCCAUUGGGUCUGUCUUCUUCUUUUGUGUAUUGACCUUGUUCAUGUGUGCUAGUCAUUCUAAAAAAUGGGUUCAUCGUUUGAAAGCUUGCUACAGUUAUGAUUUUGAAGAACCUGUUAUACAACUCAACAAUGAAAGCAUGAACCAUGUCUUUCAAGAAGAUGAAGAAGAAGAAGAAGAAGAAGAAGAAGAAUCCGUUUGGCAAAAGAAUAUACUCAUGGGCGGAAAGUGUCAACUACCAGAUUUCUCAGGGGUCAUAAUUUACGACUCUGAAGGAAACGUCGUUCCUCCAAAACCAAGACUCCUUGCUCUUACCUGGAAAUAA